AUGGCCAGCUCUCUACCCCGCCGGACCGUCUCCAUCUCCCGCAUCACCAACGAGACCAAGAUCCAGGUCUCGCUGUCCCUCGAUGGAGGCGCCCUGCCCCCGUACGAGGAAAGCGAGCACUUCCCCGCCCCGGAAUCCCCUGAAGAAGCGGCGGCUGCGAAGAGCGGGAUUGUCCCGGACAAGGAUGCGCCUCAUGCCACGCAGUUCACCGCCACCCAGCAGAUCACGAUCAACACAGGGAUCGGGUUCCUGGACCACAUGUUGCAUGCCCUAGCUAAGCACGCGGGCUGGAGUUUGGCCAUCCGCGCCAAGGGAGAUCUGUACAUUGAUGACCAUCACACCACCGAAGAUACUUUCCUCGCACUGGGAACGGCCUUCACGAAAGCUCUUGGGGCGCGUACAUCGCUGGCGCGCUUCGGACGGGGCGACGCGCCACUGGACGAGGCCCUCUCGUGGGCGGUCAUCGACCUGUCAAACCGGCCGUAUGCAGUGAUCAACCUCGGCUUCCAGCGGGAGAAGAUCGGGGCCCUGAGCACGGAGAUGAUAACCCACGGGCUGGAGAGCUUUGCGCAGGCGGCGGGUGUCACGCUGCAUGUGGGCUGCACGUACGGCUCCAACGACCACCACCGGGCCGAGAGCGCGUUCAAAGCCUUGGCCGUAGCCAUUCGGACGGCGUGCACAAGGAGAGUGGCUGGUGAGGUUGGGGCAGGCGAUGUAGUCAGUACGAAGGGGGUGUUGUAG